AUGAUAAAGCAAAAGAGGUCGUACACGCGCAUCAACAACGAAGGCGAAAUGAGCAACCACAGCGAUGAGGAAGGCGCAUUUAAAAGGCCCCGAAAUAAAAGUGCCAGCAGCAAUAGGUCCUUCGGAAGUUACAACGAUGAGGAAAACGAAAAGGAUGAAAGAAUGAGUUACUCUGCUAGUGGCACAACCACAGAAAUGAGAAUCCCCUACUGUCUCCUCCUACCCAAUAGGGCCAUCGGCUUUGUCAUUGGUAAGUCAGGAAACAAUGUACGUGAAAUUGAAAAGGCCUGCGGAGCGGUUAUAAAAUGCCAAAAGGAAUUUGACGUCUCAGUGUAUCCACCUCCAUCGGAAAAAAUUCUAACCAUCUUUGGAAAAAAGGAAAAUAAAAAAAAGGCAUUAGAACUCGUUCUAGGUAAAUCCAAAACGGUCAUGGAUUUCCAUGAAGAGGAUGGGAAAGAGUCCAUCGUUAUCAUCGUACCUACUAGAUCUAUCCCCAUCAUCAUCGGACAGAAGGGCUCCAAAAUUGCCUCCCUCUCUGAAAAAUCAGCUUGCGAAAUAAAUGUACAUAAGGAUGACGUUCCAGGCAUUAAGGAUAAGGCUAUUUUCAUUAAGUCAAAAAAAAUUGGAAAAAUUAUCGACUGCAUAGGCAUCAUUUAUGAUUUGCUGGAGGAUAUCGUUGAUAAUGGUAUUCUUUCCUUGUCUGAGUUUCCUGGGGUUCCCAAAAGUGGCGCUGUGAUUUCUUCCCUGGGUGGUGGCGGUGCGAUGGGGGAUGGCCCAGGCGGCAUGGGUGGCGACGACCCGAUGAGGGGCAGCGGCCAGAUGAACAACAUGGCGGGUAACCACAUGGGUGGCGGUGGGGGUGGCCCCAGUAACCACUUCCACCCAGGCGCACACAACCACUUUAACCACGGCGCGAAAUAUAACAUGAAAAAAAAUGAUAACAGUAACUCCUUUGAGCAUAUGAGCGGAGACGAUUACGACAAUUUCUCAGUUCCAAAGGAGAGGAAUUUGUUACUACACAAAUACGGAAAGGAAGUGAGUGCCUGCGUGAUUCGCUUCGUCCUUGACGUAGAGACCACCGCGUGGAUAAUCGGCAAGGCGGGGUGCCACAUAAAGGAAAUAAGAACCAUAACAGGAGCAGGUGCAGUUAUAGUAGACGCCCCAGAUAAUAUAGAAAAUGUAAAAACGUGUGAUCGAAUUUUAACCCUUUCCGGAUCGGCUGAAAAUAAAUUUAAUGCCCUCAAAUUAAUCGUCAGACAAAUGGAAGAAAGGGAAAAAAAUAUCAACCACCCUAUGCGUAUGCUAGUCCCUGGAAAGGCAGCUAGCUUCCUUAUCGGUAGGAAGGGCUCCAUUAUAAAGUACAUCACGGAGAUGUCCGGUUCGCAAAUACAAGUGGCGAAAAAUAAAGAGAGUGAAAAUGAAAAGCUAGUCCUGAUUAGCGGUUCGCCAGAUUCUAAAAUUUUGGCCUCCAUCCUAGUUUUGCAAAAAUUAGAAGAAUAUGAGAACCCGGCCAUCGUCAGGGAGGGACUGCUCAUCCCCCUGAAUGACGUCUUCUUCAGCUUGGGCGCGAACAAGUAUGCCGGCGUGAAGAAGGGCACCCACAGCAACCACGGGGGUAGCAGCAACAACGGGAGUAGCGCCAACCACCACAACAACAGUUACAGCUACGGAAACAGCUACGGAAACGGCGGGGGGGGGAACCACAGCAAGCCUAUGCAUAACCACCACCAAUCGAACGCGCACAGCGACAGGUACUUCUCUCCCAACUCCAUGCCCAACAGUCACUACGGCAGGGGCUCCUCCCCCCACGGGGUUAACGGCGGCGGCUACGGUGGAGGUGGAAGCCACCCGGACCACCACCGCGCGAACCAUCACUACCCGAAUGGCCACGACGACGGGAGCCACAGCCCCGCGAAUAAUAGCUACCCCUACGACGACCACGCGAUGCAGAGUCAUAGCAGUAACCACCACGGGGAUGUGAGUAACCACCCUGCGGACCUAAGCAACCACCACGGGGAUAUGAGCAACCACCACGCGAACCUGAGCAACCACCAUGCGAACCUGAGCAACCACCAUAACUCACUGAAAAACCCAAACGAUAUGAAAGACAAGGUGGAAAAAAUGUUCCUCCAGCAGUUUUACAAAUCCUUUCCCAUUUCCUCCCUCCCCAAAAUUUUAUCCAUCACUCAGCCGUACACCAUCGAGCUGAACAUGCCCGAUGUGUAUUUGGAAACGUUCGACUCGCAGAAUAAAAAUGGGAAAUCUUUAAUUGAAGAAAUAAUUGAGAAGUCCGGCUGCAACAUCUCCAUCUGCACGGACUCGAACGACUCCUCCUCCUACACCUUCAUCCUCUCCAUCACGGGUUCCCCCCUCGCCAACUCCAUCGCCAUCCUCAUGAUUCAGGCCAAAAUAUUUCAGUUCGACUGGUUCUGAGCGGCGGCAGUGGCAGCGCAGAGCAGCGGUGUGCUUCUUCGCGGUGUGCUUCUUCGCGGUGUGCUUCUUCGCGGUGUGCCUCUUCGCGGUGUGCCUCUCCACGGUGUGCCUCUUCGCGGUGUGCCUCUCCACGGUGUACCUCUGCACAGUGCGCCCCCUUCGUAAAAACGCUCUUUCAAUUUUUCAACCCCCAAAUGUACAAAAUUCGACGCACAUUGCGGCCGAGUUCCCUCCCCCCUUUCCUUAUCACGUUCUACGUUGUCAUCGUUUCACCAAAUGGUUACCCAGUUUUUCAUUUUUUUCGCUCCUUUUUUCUCCCCUUUUUUUUUAACCCGCAAAUUAGCACAACUUAUUAUAUGUAUACGAGGUUGCACCAACCCGUAGUUUCCUCAAAAUUUACAAUCCCAAAAUGGGCACAUGUU